UGGCGGAUUCAAUCUUCUUCUCUCUCACCAAAAUUUCCAACCAUAAAAGCUCUCGCACAAACCCAAACACUUCCUAGUUCUUGAAGCAACAAAAGCCAUCAUGCCAAGUGAGAAACCCCAGCCAAAAAGAAACCCACUUGAUCUAUCCUAUCAUUGUAAUAAAAUCCAACAAGAAAAGCAGCCAUAAUUUGCACUUCCUUUUCCUCCAUUCCUACCCUUCCAUCCCAACUCAAACCAAGCAAAAUAAUAAGAACAAAGAAAGAAAUCAUGGAGAUUGAAUCAGUCAAGUGCGAGUGUUGUGGCCUCAAAGAAGAUUGCACCCAAGACUACAUAACCCAAGUCAAGGCCAAAUUUGAUGGAAAAUGGCUUUGUGGGUUGUGCUCAGAAGCUGUAAGAGAUGAAGUUAGCAGAGGAAAAAAGCCAUUUGGAAUGGAAGAAGCUGUGAAAGCUCACAUGUCAUUCUGUGGUAAAUCGAAAUCUAACCCAGCUGUUCGAGUUGCUGAUGGGAUGAGGCAGAUGCUAAGGAGAAGGUCAGGGGAUUUAUCAUCUUCUCCAUCUUCUGGUAAGAAGUAUUCAAGAUCAGCAACUACUACUUCACAAGUACUUACCGAUGCAUCUUCUUUUUCAAUGUACUAAUUUCGAAUGAAAGGCGGGGGCUGUCUUAGAAUAAUAUUGAUAAGCAUAUAGAUAUAGAUAGCCUUUCAUGGAAAACUCUCAACUUGUCUUGUACAGUGGAUAUUAUUUCAAAUGGAGGCUGCUUCUUGGUU